AUGCUGCUCACGUCGACAUCAGUAUCAUCACCAUCGCUCUCCUUAUCCUCCUGCGCGACUCCUCGCGGAACUGCUGCUGCUGCGGUUUUCAUCAAAGCGUCGAGAGGGAUUUCAUCAUCAUCAUCAUCAUCGUCCAGUUGUUGCCGAGUCAGCAAAAACAAAAAUCAUCGGUCGAUUGCGUUUUCAUCGUCGUUUCAUCGUCGUUUAAACGUCGUCGCGUCCGCCGCCGCGGUUCAAGAAGGAGUCGUCAUUCAGCAAUACGGGGACAAAGUUUUCGACGAAGAGACGAAGAAAGGUUUCAACUCCGGAGAGUUGUACGUGGCAAACUUUGAACAAGGGAGAGUGCUCUGGGACGACGGAUGGGUUUUCCUUGACAUCCGCAACGACCAGGAGAGGGAGUUUUUCGGGAAACUUCCGAAUCCACCGAAAGGAACUAUUGGAGGCGUGUCUGAAGUCGUCGUCGUUUCUGGGCCAGAGUGCGUGGCAAAUAUUCCGUUGGUCACGUCCACGGGGUACAGGUUUGACUCAACCGCGGGCGGGAAGGCGUUCCAGAACCAACAUAAAAACGAGAACUUUAUCGCAGAGGUGGAGAAGAGGUUCCCGGAUAAAAAAGCAGCCAAGAUUGUUGUGGUGUGUUCGGAUGGAAGGCAAAGAGCGGUGCACGCGCUGGACAUGUUAGACGAAGCUGGAUACGAGAAGCUGGUCUUGUUGAAAGGUGGAUUUAAUUUAUACAACAGAGGGUGGGAUGGAAAAUUGAAAAGACGAAUGCCGCACGGGGAGUUUUGUAGCGAUUACGGCAAGCCCGGGGACGUGCAACAGUUUUCUCGAGGCGAUAAAGCCGGGAACGCGAACGAUGCCAUCGAGUUUGGGCCGUGGCAAGAUACAACCGAUUGGAAACCAGUUUUGGAAGGUGGUAGUAGUCACAUUCACGGGCACCACGAAGAGCCGCUCAAGGAGAUGGUUCUACACGACGCCUCGAAUACCGAACACGAUUCGUUCGACGAAGACGACGAAACCGUAGAGAAAGCGGCGCGAAUGCAGCGAGAAAAGGAAGAAGAAGAGGAAAAAGCGAGAAUCAUCGAGGCUGAAUUGAAAGCUAAAGCCGAAGCCGAAUUGAAAGCUAAAGCCGAAGCCGAAUUGAAAGCUAAAGCCGAAGCCGAAUUGAAAGCUAAAGCCGAAGCCGAAUUGAAAGCUAAAGCCGAAGCUGAAUUGAAAGCUAAAGCCGAAGCCGAAUUGAAAGCUAAAGCCGAAGCUGAAUUGAAAGCUAAAGUCGAAGCUGAAGCCAAAGCUAAAGCCGAAGCCGAAGCGGAAGCGGCGCGCGUAAAAGCGGAGGAAGAACGCCUCGGAGGGAAAAAACUCUCCUGCGGAGCGCGUUUGUAUACCUUUUAA